AGGCUCGCCACCCAACGGCACGGAUGCAAGCAAGACGGUAGCAGGAGAAGCAGCUAGAGCAGCCCAAUGUCAAAGCUGGCAAGGACAGUUAGAACGUUCAAGAAGCGGAGGAUACGGCAGGUACGGGAAUCUAGCUGGUAGACCCAGAUCAUGAUGGCCGGCCAGGCUACGAUAGCCCGCAUGCGGUCAACAACCACCAUUGUUGAAUGGUGGUGUCACUCAACCGGAACCUGCAACCCCACAAGCGACUUGUUUUCGCAUGCCAAGAAAACCGGUGCGCCUCCGCCGUAUGUGCCGCGAGUAGACACUUGAAGAGCUCGGAGGACGCAAUUCUUCACCUAUCUGUUCUUCGUAUAGAUGAGUACUGCAAGGGCGAUCGACCUCAUCUCGGACAUACCUCGACGAUUGACUCGCCUGAAGAGUGCAUGGGAGGGUGUGCAGAGACUUGCAGCGUGUGUCUAAGGCGACGGCUUGGAAAUAGCAGCUCCAAGAAUCAGCAAUACUGUCGCAUUCUCCACCUACCAACCAUACGGAUCGAUCGACGUGACACGCCGACCGGUCUGCCACCUUAACGGCUGAAUGGCAACCGCUUUCAUUGCCCAGGUCUCGCUCGCGGUGUGCCUCCAGAGAUGCUGACCCACCUAGGACUGGUCCAACUCCAUCCCAGAUUGAGCUGCUGUGGAGGUGUCAGAAGGCGAGCGAGCCUUGCAGCGCUUACUA